AGACAGAAACGUGUUCCGCGAUAGCGGCCAGCUCAUCACUAGACUUUUUCCUUCUCAAAUGGCUUCUGUCCUGGUACCGGUCGCGUACAUCAUCAUUGUGUUUGGAAGCUUGUUCAUCUUCUCCUACUAUUACAGAAGACAGGCAGCUUCUCGAAUCCCCGAGCCAUACUUCACUUCACAUCCUGAAAGAAAUACCUACGUCACCCUCCUUCAGAAAACAGAUCCACCUACCCCAGAGGUUAUCCUCAAAUCGGCGCUGGUCCGUCGUGCCAUCGCUGAUGUCCUGCGUGUUAUGCGUAUACGAGAAGACAAACCGGCUCUGCAAAAUCUUGUCCAGAAAGGUUCUGUGGGAGACGAUCUUUUGAACAGCUUGCUCGCUGCGGAGAAGGAGAUGGAAGCUGAAAUCAUAGAGGUCAUGAAUGAAGCUAAUUCGUUCGUGGAGGGUUGGGGUCCUAUCAUUUUCCCAACGGCCAACGAAAUGAUCGCCAACGAAAAGAUGCGUGCUAUCUUUGAGCAGACCGGAGAUAGGAGGACGGAGUUAGAAAGAAGAUAUGGUCGGAAGGCUCAAAACACGCCUAACAUCGCCCCUAUAACUGUCACAAUGACCCCUUCGAACUCAGUUCCUCGUGCUGCACCUCAAGCCAACGGGCAAACUACUGUUGAAAAUGCAGCUACUAGUGAUGCAGAAAGCCAGUCAAAAUCUGUGUGUUGAUAGUUGUCACUUCUUUGUUAACCAUACUGAUGCAGAAGCAGGGCAAAAAGGGUAAGAAGAG